UCAUCGUCGUCCUCGUCCAUGGGCUCAGCGGCUGGAGCCUUGCCCUUGCCCUUCUCGACUCCAGCAUCCAUUGGGAUAGCGGCAGCCUUUGCACCUCCGUCGGCAGUCGGGUCUUGAACAGAGUUGCUCAUAUUGCUGUAGCUGAUGCGAGAUCUGGAAUGGGAUUCGAUGUGUUUCAGGACGGAUAUCGUUUUGCAAUAGUGUGCGAUGCGAUGUUUUGAAAAACGGUUAAGAACAAACAAGAGCUGGUUGCUUGGUUGUUUUACCGCCGGCGGGCUUGGCCGAGAACGCGAACACGAGGAAGUCGCGACGCGACGCGUCCUCCUCAACUUCUACCACUCGCUUGGUGUUGAACAACGACCACAGAUACCAAGCAAUAUGGCGACACUGAGAGGGAGACCCGCUCAUGCACCGGGCCCAACAUAUUUCAGCUAUACGCCGAAUGGGAAGCACUUAGUGACAGCAGGCUUGAACGGAGCAGUACGAAUCUUCGAUCAUGGCUCCGACGACGAGCCUGCCAUCAUCGAUGUGCCUACAGAGAAUCAUCUUGCGGCAGUGGCUGCCAAUGGAUUCUUCAUUAUCGGCUCUGAAUCUGGCGAGGUCACGAAGUACAGCUUGGUUACCAAGCGGAUGGAGGAAAUUCUGGUACGCUGCACGGCACCUGUUCGUGAUCUCGCACUUUCUCCAGAUGGACAAUGGGUUGCAGUAGCGAGCGACGAACACGAUGUGAAAAUUGUCAACACUAGUGAUAUGAGCAGAGUCAUCUUCCUGGGAGAGCACUUGCGAUCUGUGAAGCAAGUCGCAUUCGAUCGAAGUGGGACGACGUUAGCAGCAUCUUGCACCGACGGCAUAAUCUACAUGUAUUCCAUCAGCUCGGAAGAACCUCAGUUGAUCAAGCGCGUUGAUGGCCUGAUCGGGAUGGUGCAAUCGGAUUCUGAGGAGAGCAUUCGAGCGAUCUGGCACCCUGACGGGAGCGCUCUUGCUCUCCCGACCUCAAGCAGAGAAAUGCAGGUUCUGUCGCGAAGCGAUUGGUCCAAGCACAAGAUCUUCUCGGGCGGCCACAAGGCGCAAGUCACCGCGGCGGCAUGGUCUCCCAAUGGUGCAUUGCUUGUCACUGCCGACCUAGACAAAAGCUUGGUUCUGUGGGAUAGCAAGACCCAGAAAGUCUUGAAGACGUUUGACGAUGUUCGUGAUCCGAUUCUGGACAUUCAUUGGCAUCCAAAAGACAACGUGCUUUCCUACACCAACAACAAUGGCGAGCUAUUCAUUCGGGAAGAUUUUGUGCCGGAUGCCCAUAUUCGCCUCCUCCGGGCCGGUCUACAGCAGGCUCCGCUCAACGGUGCAGCUUUAACAGAAGUGUCUGGCAACGCGCGUAAGGCAUGGACGACUGGAGGCAAACAGCAUGGAAAUGGGAGAAGUGCCGAAGAAGAUUACCUGGACGAUCUACUUGGUGCAGACGCAAUGGCCCCCGACAUGAUGUCCGAGACUGGCGAUAACUUCAUCGAGGACGAUGACGGAGCCGGCUACGCUGAAGAACCCAACCGGUAUGGCAAGAGAAACGCAGAGCCUCUAGACGCACCGGCGACCAAACGACGUGCUGCCUACAGCACAUGGCAGCCGCAGGUACACGAUGCAUUCCAGCCUGGCAGCACGCCGUGGAAAGGUAACCGACGAUACCUCUGCCUCAAUCUUACUGGCUUUGUCUGGACCGUGAACCAAGACACACAUCAUACUGUGACUGUUGAGUUCUAUGACCGACAAGCACAUCGCGAUUUCCACUUCACAGACCCUUUCCGUUACGAUAAAGCUUGUCUGAAUGAGAAGGGAUCUCUCUUCUCCUGCUCACCAGCAAGAGACCAUCCGUCCGUCAUCUACUAUCGGCCACACGAGACUUGGACGACCCGCGUAGAUUGGCGCACUGAAUUGCCUCCUGGCGAAGAAGUGACAUCACUUUCGUUGAGCGACACUUGUGUAGUCGCGACGACUUCUGCUGGUUACGUACGCGUAUACAGUCUUUUCGGCUUGCCUCUUAAGGUGUAUCGUCAAAAGUCCACUCCUGCUGUGACUUGCGCAAGCUGGAGGGACUACAUCAUCACAAUUGGAAAUGGACCCGUUGGGGGUGACGGUACCACUCGUUUGCUCUACACGAUCGAAAACGUGAAAAGAGAUGAGACAUAUCAAAGCGAAGACAUUGUCCCUCUCACAGAAGGGACCGAGCUACGAUCUGUGUUCUUCAGCGACAACGGCGAUCCUUGCAUAUACGAUAGCGAUGGUGUUCUUCUGGUCUUGCAGCAUUGGAGGACGCCGAGCCAGGCCAAAUGGAUACCACUUCUUGACACACGAACGCUGGAUCGACUGGCUGGGGGCAAGAAGGAAGAGAGCUACUGGCCGGUCGCAGUAGCAAAUGAUCGCUUCCAUUGCAUCAUUCUCAAAGGCGGAGAGCAAUAUCCAUACUUCCCGCGGCCCUUGCUGUCCGAUUUCGAAUUCAGAAUCCCCAUCGCAGCACCUGUGCCCGACGAGACCGAUGAUGACAAAGAGCUUGCUCAUCAACGAGGUCUCGAAGAACAAUACGUUCGAUCAUCGAUCAUGUACUCGCUCAUGCGCGACCUCGUGGAUAACACAAAUGCCACCAGUGCGCAGAAGGUACAAGUUGGCAGCAUGGAACGAGAAGUCGAUAAAGCACUGCUGCAACUCCUGGCCGCCGAGUGUAGAGCAGGCGACGAGCACGGCAUGAAAGCGCUGGAGAUUGCUUCGCUCCUGAAGGACCGGACGGGCAAGAUGUUGGAAGCUGCUGGAAAAGUUGCGCAAAGGUUCGAUCGUGAUGUACUCAACGAGAAGAUCAACGAGUUGGCAGAGCGUCGACUGGUAGGUUUGAGGGACGAUGACGACUUUUGAGGGCAAAUAUGUUCGGCCGAGAGACUCGGCAUUUAAGGCCGUACGACGCGAUCAUGAUCAGCGUUACGGUAACAAAGAUGGUGUUGUAUGGGACGGCAUAAGGUGUGAGGCGACGGAUCCCAUGUGGCAGCUUCGGACUGAGCUCCAAGCGCGCGUUUUCGGCUUGGCUUUUCUCUGAACAACACGUAUGCAGUUGAAUCGUACAGAAACAGUUCACGAAACGACUCCGCCCGAGAGGUUGCAGAUAC